UCAGAGCAUGCUUUGUUCAGCUAAGCAGGAUGGUUAGUUGAGAAUUUGAUAAUAUUGCAGAUAAGGAUGAGUAUUUACCUAACUAUAUGUAAAUGUUACACCUAUUGUAGAAAAACAGAACCAAAUCCAGGCACUCGCUUUCUUGUUCUUGUAAAUUUAUGCUAUACAUAAAUAGCUUGAAGUAGCGGGUUUUAGAAAGGAGCACUCGCUUUCUUAUUCUUGAAAUUUUUUUGCUAUACAAUUAUACUUUGUUUGAAAUAGCGGGUUCUGGCAAAGAGAAGUACAAAAUGUCAGGAGUUUAUAAUCGUCUUGAAAGCCCUGGCAAUGAAGGGUCCAUUGUUCAUGACGAAAGAAAAGAAUUGCAGUCAGAUCACCAAAAUGAAGUUGAUGAAAUUACAAGAGAAGGAACCUUGAAGGGGAAAGAGAUUUUUGCUCCUGAUGACUAUGAGGUUUCCAUAAAAGAGGGAACAAGAGGUGGCAACAGGAAGAAAGGAGUUAAAGAGGUUCCGUUUGAGAUAGAAGUCGACCUAAAUUCUGAGGAGCUAAAAGCAGUACAAGAAUUCAGACUUUCAUUAAUAAAUGAUAACUUGCUGCCCGAUAGAUUUGAUGAUCAGUAUCUGAUGCUAAGGUAUUUGAAAGCCAGGAAGUUUGAUGUUGAGCAAACUAAGUGUAUGUGGGUGAAUAUGCUUCAGUGGAGAAGAGACUUUGGCACUGAUACUAUUUUAGAGGAUUUUAAUUUUGCCGAGUUAGAUGAAGUUCAAAAAUACUAUAGUCAUGGUCACCAUGGCGUUGAUAAGGAUGGAAGACCUGUUUACAUUGAAAGAAUUGGUAAAGUUGACGCAAAUAAGCUUACACAGGUGACAACUUGGGAUCGCCUUGUAAAGUAUCAUGUGCAGGAGUUUGAAAAAAGAGUUCUAGUUAAGUUUCCAGCCUGCUCAAUUUCUGCAAGAAGGCAUAUAGAUUCAAGCACAGUAAUUUUAGAUGUUCAAGGCGUGGAUUCAAAGAAGUUUGCUGGUUCUGUCGGAGAAGUUAUGGACAAGAUGAGGUUGAUUGACACCAAUUAUUAUCCCGAGACACUUCAUCGGAUGUUUAUUAUCAAUGCUGGCCCUGUCUUUUGGAUGGCCUGGAAUAUUAUUUGUAAAAGACAUGUUGAUCCUAAAACGCUUACUAAAAUUCAGGUUCUUGGCAAAAAAUACCAGAACAAAUUGCUUGAAGUAAUAGAUAAGAGCGAGUUGCCGGAGUUUCUAGGUGGUUGCUGUACAUGUAUGGAUCAAGGAGGUUGUGUAAGAUCUGAUAAAGGGCCAUGGAAUGAUCCUAAUGUAUUAAAAAUGGUUCGGGGCACAUCAAUAUUCGAGUCAGGAGCUGGAGCUGAGGAGGCUACUUUUCCUGAAAAGAAGCAGCAGCAUCCAGAACAAAAAUUAGAACCUGCUAGAGAUCAAGUGGGUAGCACGGCCUGCCAGGAUGAGGUUCUCUCUGACUGUGAGGUUGAUUUGUUAUCUAAGACUGUCAAUGAAAAAGCGAAGGUAGGAAAAUCCGUCCAGGAAUCCCACUCUUCGAGAGAAGGUUUUGGUUUGCCAAGAGAAUCAAGUGUGAGGAGACUUCUUGCUCGGAUAUGCACCAUACUUUUACUCAUCUGCACUGGCAUUUCCACUUCAAUCUGUUGGAUAUGUGCAGCAGCAGUUGCAGCCCUGAAAUCUGCAGCACGGACUCGUGAAUCAGAUCCUCCAACUACUGAGUUCCCUGGAGAAAAUAGGCACUCAGAUCCUGUCCAAAAAAUUUACGAGCUAGAGAGAAAGGUAAACAUGUUGCUGGCGCGGUCAUGUUCAAUGCCACGAAAUAGAGAUGAGGCCCUCAAUGCUGCUGUUUGUCGCGUGGAUGCAUUAGAAGCCGAGUUAAUUUCUACUAAGAAGGCUUUGCAUGAAGCUCUGCUAAAGCAAGAGGAACUUCUUGCCUGUAUAGAUAGCGAAGAAGCCGCGAUGUCCCCAGGGAAAAAGACAAUGACGCGAUGGUGCAUAAGAAAAUCUUUGAAGAAGCUGUACUAGAGUAAUCUCCAUUCGAAGGAAAUGCCAUGUACUCAACUAAUCUGUUUACGUGUGCAUGAUACCUUUUGCAUAUGUACGUAAUACAGUUGUCUACAAUGUGAAAAUUCCCGUUUGGACUAUUCAAUCGUGCUUUUUUAUAGAAAAUUUUAGCGCCCGCGAGUACAUUAACGUAGACUAAAUUUGUGGCGAGAAGAAUGUCAUUUGUAGAUAACCUGCAACCAAUAAAGUAUGGUCUAAUUCUUCAUGACACUUGUACCUGUAGCGCGUGGACUGCACGGAACAAUAGUAGCCGCCUGUAAUAGAAGUCCCAAUAAUAUGACA